GCAGAAAGUCUUUGCCCUCCCCUUCUUUUUUCUUCCUCGUCUUCCAGGCUUGUCUCCCGGCAGAGCUCCGAUUACAGCCGUCCGUCCACCAUGAUGAUGCUGAUAGACUGCUCCAGCUGCCGUACACCGCUGCAGCUGCCACCGGGGGCAAGGUCGAUCCGGUGCGCCAUUUGCCAGGCUAUCACCUACGUGGCGGAGCCCCGGAGCUCGCCCCCCCCGGGUCCCAUUACCCCCCGCAAGGCCACCCCGCCCCCAUCGCCGGCGCCGUGGCUCCCGCCGCCGGCAGCCCACGGGCGGAAGAGGGCGGUCAUAUGCGGGAUAUCGUACCGGAACUCGCGGCACGAGCUCAAGGGCUGCCUCAACGACGCCAAGUGCAUGCGCUACCUUCUCAUCAACCACUUCCACUUCCCCGAGUCCUCGAUCCUUAUGCUUACAGAAGAAGAAAGUGAUCCAUAUAGGAUUCCAACCAAACGAAAUAUAAGGAUGGCAUUGUUUUGGCUUGUACAAGGUUGUCAACCUGGAGAUUCUUUACUAUUCCACUACUCUGGUCAUGGUUCACAGCAAAGAAACUAUAGUGGGGAUGAAGUUGAUGGCUAUGAUGAGACCCUAUGUCCACUGGACUUUGAAACACAAGGAAUGAUUGUUGAUGAUGAAAUUAAUGCAACCAUAGUCAGACCACUUCCUCCUGGUGUUAAGCUUCAUGCUAUUAUAGAUGCUUGCCACAGCGGCACUGUAUUAGAUCUACCAUAUCUUUGCAGAAUGAACAGGAGCGGACAAUAUGUAUGGGAAGAUCAUCGCCCACCGUCUGGUAUCUGGAAAGGUACAAGUGGUGGUGAAGUCAUCUCCUUCAGCGGUUGCGAUGAUGAUCAAACCUCCGCUGAUACCUCGGCUCUGUCAAGGAUCACCUCAACGGGUGCGAUGACUUACUGUUUUAUUAAAGCCAUCGAGCAGGAACAAGGACACACAUAUGGAAGUAUGCUGAAUUCCAUGCGAUCAACCAUCAGAAACACCAGUAAUGCAACGAGUGGUGGUCCUGUUACAUCACUCCUUACCAUGCUGUUGACUGGAGGCAGUCUAGGUGGUGGGUUGCGACAGGAGCCACAACUGACUUCCAACAAUAUGUUUGAUGCAUACAGCAAGCCAUUCUCUUUAUGAAUUGCAUUCUUGCCAGCCUUCUCUUAUCGCAAUCAUGCAGCAUGUUCCAUUCCUUCUUUAGCUGCUUCUUCGCAGUUUCAGUGCACUAAGGAUUUGGUGAUUUUAAGGAUGCCCUGUUUACAUCUACAUGUUGAUGGUUCUGUUAUUUUAGGUACAAGUUAAUAGUUCUUCUAUUAUAAACUCGUGUAAUACAUAUUUUAAAUAUAUUAUCUUUUCCGCAUGGCACAAUCCGACAACAGUCAUUGAGAUAAAACAAUUCUCGGCAGGUUUAGUGAAUUAAUUAUCAAGUUCAGUACCAUUUAUGUUAGUGAGCUGAGAGUUGUAUAAUUUAUGUGACCAGCUCUGCAUUUGAAAUCAGCUCUCCAUGCAAACUUCGGGGCAGGCAUCUUGCCGGGGAUGAAGGAUGAUAGAACCUUUCAUAAAAAUUAAAAAGGCCGUUUGGCAACUAGGGAGGCUAUAUUUUUGGUUAAAUAUUUGAACUCUUACAACUAGAGUAUUGUAAGACAUUUGAUAAACUAUGCAAUUUGAAGUAGGAAGAAUUAUUUUGUUGGUCAUA